GUCAGUACAACGUGUUUUUGCUGGAGAGGAUCCACGACUUCUCUCUGCAGUCUAGGAACCAAAGGGACAAUGAACGGAGCUAUUCUCUCUGUGACUAUUGCUAGUCUCCUCGCAUUUCCCGCCGUAUUUGCCGUCAUCACAAACUUUGCUGCACAAAACGGCGAAACGCUUCGCAACGUGUUGCUGACGGAGGCCGGAUCGCUCGUCCUCGGCUCCAACAGGUCUCUUCGGAGACUUUCAGCCGCUGAUCUGUCUGUAGUGCGGGAGGUUUUCCUGCCCGAGGGCCAAGUGAGUCGACUGCUACUGGGAGACCCCGAGGGGACCUACAGUGGGAGAGUAUUGUCGUGUCUCCGGACGAACUGCUCUCUGCUGGAUGUCAAUAACAUAGCCAGCCACAACUGGGAAGUCAGUAACGUUCUGUUAGUUGACGGAAUGACGAAUGCUGGAGGGUUGUUCGUUCACGGACGAGAAGACACGUCGGUGUUGACUGUCGGACUACAGCGUAACGGGGAGCAGGUGUCGCGGAUUGUACGCGGCAACCUCGUCAAUGUGGGAGAAAUCAGUGGUCAGGGCUUUAGCGUAUUCGCACGACAGACAGAAAGUUUUUUUUUUUUAUACGACAGAGAAUUUCUGACGAUAUUUCAAAACGAUGGCUUUUCGUAUUUCGUCACUAAACAAGGUGCUGAUGAUGAAAUAAGGGUGGUGAGGGUGUGUAACAACGACACGUCAUCAUCAGUCGCUGAUGGAGGGUUUGUGUCCUACUUUGAGAUAAGACUGGAGUGUGGUGGCUCGGAGUCUGUUCCCACUGCAGCCACUUUCCUCCCAUCAGACCAGACCAUCACGCUCUCUGCCGCCCAGUCUCAGAGCUUGGUCUGCGUCUUCAAACUCUUUGACAUUCAUCAACUCAUGACUCAGAAAUACAACGACUGUAGAUAUGGAAUGGGCAGCACUGGACUUGCCAGAAGUGGUACAAAACCAUGUGAGCUUUUCAAUCCAGAGCGUCUCAACACUACCCAUAUCACAGAGUGUAAUUUAGUGUCGAGUCUCCUGCCAUUUCAAGAAGUUGUGAAUCCACUAUCAGCAGGUCCUGUAUUCUCUCUUCCUCUGAGUAACGGCAAUUUCACCUCGUUAAUCCAUUCCACCCUCGACAAUGUUCGCUACCUGUUUGCUGGUACACACAAUGGGAAAAUCUACCAGUAUCACUAUGUCAACAGUACAUCGAUUAACCCCAUCCGCACCAUAAAUCUUGUCAGCAGUGAAGAAAUGAGUGGAACCAACAACGUGACUCAGAUGACAGUGGCAUCUGAUGGAUUAACCCUUUACGCUCUGAGUCCCAGCAAGCUUCUGAAACUGCUGGUGGUCACAAUUCCAUAGCAGCAUUUGCAUUUUUGGUCGUCUGAAUGCCACCAGUGGCAAUCCAUAGCAUUCAGACGACCAAAAAACCUGAGAGAUCUACUCGUCAGAGCGAAGCUAGAGACACCAGCCCCACCCACCGACACUGGAAAUAUUCCCUGCGGACAUAGACGCUGCAAAUGCUGCUAUGAAAUUACACAUACUUUUCUCAAUGUUCUCCCUCUUCCCUGUCCACCUUCUCUCCUCUCUCUUAUAUUCUCCCUCCCCCCCUCUCUCUCCUCCCUCCCCCCCUCUCUCUCCGUCUCUAGCUCUACUCCAUCACAGUAGACGUCUGCAACACAUACACCUCGUGUAACGCUUGUCUCGGAGAAAGUGGGGACCCAAUCUGUGGAUGGUGCUCCCUGGAAAACAGGUGUAGUCGUCAGUCCGAGUGUUCAGCGGUAUGGGUGUCUGACAGUAUUGGAUCCUGCCCAGUCAUCACAUCAGCGGAUCCAUCCAUCAUAUAUGUCAAGGAACUUCAGAUGGGGGAAGUUGAUAUUCAACUGACAACAGCCAAUAUCCCAGAAGACGUUAGCUACGAGUGUUGCUACGGUUUCCAGAGCGGCACAUCUGAACAACAUUCUACCACUUCCACCGUCACCAUGGUGAUACCGGCAACCAGAAACAAUGAUAUGUUUACAUGUCGAGUUCGCUACGACAAUGUUCCAAAAAUACCAACUAACAGAGAUUCACUGCAGAGCAUGCUUUCCCUGCGUUACAAGGAGAACAAUGUGGCAGUUUUAGACGAUCCAAUCAGAUUUGCCAACUGCUCAGUACACACCAACUGCACCUCGUGUAUUGAUAGUGAUAGUCAGUGUAACUGGUGUCCGUUCACCUUCAAAUGCAUCUCCUCCAUAAACGACUCAUGCUCCGGGGUUGAUGAGACUGUGAUGGAGUCUUGUCCGAAACUCCUCCCACCACUGGACAAUGACAAUUACGUCGUUCAUGUUGACUACACAUAUGGGGAAACCCCUCUCGUUAUCAGGGCUGAGAAUCUUGGUCAAUUCAGUGAUAGUUUCUCUAGCAACAGGUUCAAUUGUGUCAUUAAAAAUGGAUCCGAAGUUCUGUUCAAGACGGAUGCUGUGUUGAACACCGACGGCAACGUGGAAUGUGUGGAAACUAGGUUUGACUACACAUUGGCUGAUGGGAUGGCCAGUCUUGAAGCGAGGCUCGCAGUGGAAUGGAUUGACAAUGACGUCAGCAUUGAUAACCCUGACAGAACUGGGGUCACCCUGUACACUUGUGGCGGACUCGGGACCAACUGCGCCCAGUGUCUCUCCAUCCCCAGUAUCUUUGACUGUGAGUACUGCAAAUCCACCUCUCCACUCUCAUGUCUCCUUGGCGACCGAUGCAACGACGUCAUCGACGAUCUCGGCGAUUGUGAACUCCCUCAAAUUAUUAGUGUGUCCCCGAGUUCAGGGCCCACUGAAGGCGGUACCGUGGUGACAGUAAGAGGAACUAAUCUGGCCAUCACUCGCUCCCAAAUCAGAAACGUCACCAUCGCAGGAGCAGAGUGUGCGAUCAUAGACGAUAGCUACCGACCUGGGAUCGAGUUCCAGUGUCGGACUGGGAGGAGUGUUGGAGGAAAAGGAUCCUACCAAGUUGAAAUAGAGUUCGGCUAUCUCACCAUGAUCAGACGCGGCUCCGCCUUUACUUAUGAGGUACCAACACUUGAUAGUCUGAGCCCUGUGAGGGGCCCCCAGGCAGGCAAAACCAUGGUAACUAUCACUGGCUACAAUCUCAACAUCGGAACAAAUUUGAGAGUCACUCUCUUUGGCCAGAAAUGCUACGAAAAAGCUAAGGCAGUUGAUGAGAUCACAUGUCUCUCCGGAGCUUCCGAUGUGAUUGGAAGGGGUGUGGUCUCCGUUGCCAUUGACAACUGGUCUGGUAAAUUUGGUGAUGGUACCGAGUACGAGUACGUGAAGGAUCCAACUGUCGCCAGCAUCUCCCCUCGCUUCUCCUUCGCUGCGUAUGUCUCUCCUCUUCUUUCCCCUAAUCCUUCUCUCUUCUCCCUCUUCUAUGCAAGUCCCAUGUCUCCAUUCCAUUCCACACAGAGGCGGAACAGAGUACGUGGUACUGGGACAGGACUUUGACAUCAUCCAGGAGCCACGCCUCCUCAUCCACAUCACUACCAGUAAUGACCAGUCUGGGAAUAGGAGGAAGAGGAGGCAAACUGUGGACAUUUUUAAGUCCAAACCUUGUACAACUGAUUCCGGAGGCACGAGAAUGAUGUGUCAGGCUCCGCCCAUCGACCCCGCCCUCUUCUCCACCCGACAACUCCUGGCGGUGCUGGGACUGGAGCUGGAUGGGGUUGACUCUCUCCUUCGUCUUGACAACUACACAGUCACCCUCCACUCCAACCCUAGCUUUCAGAACUUUGGCAAACAAUCUUUUUCUAACACCGACAACAUACGUCUUACUAUAGACUCACAGGGAGGAAGGUUUGAAUUCACGGAGGAGAUGGUGGAGGUACUGAUUACUCCAUGUAGCAGAGAAGAGUGUGUGUGUGAAGACGUGACUUUCCAACCUGGAAAUUCAUCCCUGACAUGUCUGGUGGGAACAACCAAUGGUCUGAGGAGGGGAUCAACACUAACAGUAACUGCUCACAUCGGCAGCUACAACCAGACUGUGGGGAGCAUCGACAUCACCGGACCUAUCAACCCCGUGGUGUUCAUCGUCCCCAUUGUCGUCACGUUCCUCAUCAUCGUCGUGGUGAUAGUUGUUAUUCUCCUGGUUGUCUGUUACCGGGGGCGACAGAAGGACAGUCGGUACAAGGAGCUCAUUGUGGAGAUGGAGAAACUAGAGUCAACCGUUGCCAGGGAGUGCAAACUUGGGUUUGCAGAGCUCCAGACAGAUCUUGACGAACUGACUGGAGACUUAUCCGGCCACCGGCUACCCUACAGAGACCUCAAGGUGUACCUGCUGUCGGCACUAUUCCCAGGGUAUAAGGACCACGCUGUCCUCCACCCGGUGCAGCUGCCCAUUCAGAGACAGAUAUCUUCUCAGAAAGCCAUCAAGGAUUUCCAUGAUCUCUGCAUGGACAAAAAGGUUCUGCUGUUGUUCAUCAGGACACUUGAAGAGCAGAGGAAUUUCAGCAUCAGAGACAAAUCCCUUGUCGGAUCCCUCCUCAUGGUCGCCCUUCACAACCGACUCGACUAUGCCACAGAGAUUCUAAAGACGUUGUUGUAUGAUCUCAUCACAAAGGCCAUCAACAAGUCGAGUCCUAAGCUACUCCUCCGUCGCACCGAGUCAGUCGCCGAGAAGAUGUUGACAAACUGGCUCCACUUCUGUCUCCAUGAAUACAUUGUGGAGCAAUCAGGGAAGCCACAGUACCUGUUGUACCGUGCAGUGAAGAGCCAACUGGAGAAGGGACCUAUUGACGUCAUCACUGGAGAGGCGCGCUAUUCCCUGAGUGAGCACAAGUUGAUACGUCAGAAGAUGGACGUGGAGGUCCUCUCGGUGACGGUGGAAGCGGACGACGGCCUACGUGUCCCGGUAAAGGUCCUCAGCUGUGACACCAUCAGUCAGGUCAAGGAGAAGCUACUAGACGCCAUCUACAAGGCAACGCCUGUCUCACAUCGACCUUCUCUUACCACCAUUGACCUUGAGCAAAUUACGAGUCCUCGAGACUACAGCAUUCUGAGAGAUGAGGACACAACGACGGUGAUGGAUGGAGUAUGGAAGAAACUCAACACUCUGCAGCACUAUGGUGUAGAGGACGGCGCAGCCUUCAGACUCAUGAAGAGAAACGGCCGAGCACCGCCGGGGAGAACGUACGACUACCCGGCCUCCCUGAUCUCCAGCCACGCGGUACGGAACAGAGCCCUGUCAGAGGCCGAGGACGGAACCAGAGUCUGGCAUCUGUUCAAGCAGCACGACACAGAGGACCCCAAGAGGUCGCCGUUCAUGAACAAGAAGAUGAUCACUGAAGUCUAUCUCCCAAGAAUGCUCUCUACCAAAAACAUCCUCCAGAAGUUUGUCAGUGAUCUGUUCUCUAGUCUCUUCAGUGUCCAAGUCUCUCCCACCUCCCCCGUAGCUUACGCCAACUUCUUCCCAACAUCCCCUGGAACACAGCCUCCAAUAUCCUAUGCUCCAGGAAGCGCGGUACCAAUGGCAGUCAAAUAUCUCCUGGAUUUCCUAGACGACUCGGCAGAAGCGGCCCAGAUCUCAGAGAAGGACGUGGUCCACACGUGGAAGAACAAUGCCCUGGCGCUGAGAUUCUGGGUCAACGUGAUGAAGAACCCAGAGUUUGUGUUUGACGUCAACAAAAGUCACACAGUGGAUGCCUGUCUCUCUGUCAUUGCUGGGGCAUUCAUUGAUGGGUGCUCAUACGCUGACGUGAAACUCACUAUUGACUCGCCCACCAGUAAACUCUUGUACAACAAGGAGGUGCAGGAAUACAAGGUCAAAGUCCGACAGUACUACCAGAAUGUUGCUAGGUUACCUCGAAUCCCUGAGGACGUGAUGCAGUCUUACCUCAAACAGUUAUCAGAGCACCAGGCACAGGUGUUCAGAAAGACGGGAGGAUUUGUAGUGGAGAGUGCUCUCUACGAGCUGCUCAGAUAUGCCAACAAAUACAGUGACCAGAUGUUGUCAAACCUGAGGAAUGCUGGACUCGACGCACGGGCUCAGGUAUUUGAGAGCGUCGUCAGAGCAACAAUGUAAUUAACUGCGCUAUGUCAUCACGAUGUCAUAAUUUUGUAAUCAUUCUUUCUACUUGCAUUUUCUUUCUGACGUGUUUCUCUAUUAUUAAUACCACAAUUAUUAUUGCUUCAACUUUGAGUCAGAAA